AUCCUCGUUUAUCGAUCAACUGCCUCUGCACGUACUGUACAUCAGUACAUCCAAAAUUUUGCUACAAAGGAUAUGGAUGCAGACGGCUUCACGGAAAAACCCAUUCCAAUCACCUUAUGGCCGCCAGGAGAGCGAACCAAGAGCCUAGCUAAAGGUCAAGGGCUGAAAGGUAUCAUACAUGCGUUGGGCUAA